GCGAGGGAAUCCUGAGCCCCCAUUGGCUCCCGGCUCCCCGCUGCAGUUGAGACUCAGCCGCUCGGCGAGCGUUAUUGAUCUGAAGGGUAAACGUGGAGCGAGCCGCGGACCGGGGUCCAAGCGUUUCUGAGAAGAGAGGCAGCCUCUUCCAGGAAGAAAGUGCUGCGUACCGGCUGCCCGGCGUGGAGAACCGUCUGUGAAUGAAAGGGGCCAAGAGGCAAGGCAGUUUGUUGCUCCAGUGAUUUGGAAAGAAAAAGAGCCAGAGGAGAGAGCUGGAGAAAGAGGUUCUCACCUUCGCUGCAAGGCUGGGUUGUUGCAUCGCUGCCGUUUCUGCUGCUGCUUUUGCGACUGGCUGCCUUUUUCUGCCAUCAGCACUGUUUGGCUCUAUUUGGGGAUAUAGUCCAUUUGGAACUCAAUAGCAUUAUGGAGGUUUAGAGCAUGCCAGACUCUUUGAAGACAGUGAGGGUCUCCACAUAAACAGGAAGAGAAGCACAGCAUGCAGCUACUUGGAGGGCUUUGACUGAAAACUUCGAUCUCCCCACCCCAUUCACGGUUGAUUUGACUGAGUUCUCACCUCGUUCACAGAGAAUAUUUCAAUUAAGGUCCCUUUAGAUGGAAUAUAAUACAGUAGAAGCCUUUUCAUCAAAAGGAUUAAUGCCUGCAUUAUCAUUUCUGCAAUAAAACAGAAAGCUAAGUGGUAGCAGACACACACACCUCAACCUGGAUUCCACAAUUCUACAUUAAGUGCUGGAGUUUUUAUUACUCUGCUGAAAGAAAGCCUUUGCCAAUGCUUACACGGAACUGUUUAUCCCUGCUUCUCUGGGUCCUAUUUGAUGGAGGUCUCCUAACACCACUUCAACCACAGCCACAACAAACUUUAGCCACAGAACCAAGAGAAAAUGUUAUCCAUCUACCAGGGCGGCGAUCACAUUUCCAGCGAGUUAAACGUGGCUGGGUAUGGAAUCAGUUUUUUGUGCUGGAGGAAUACAUGGGCUCCGAACCUCAGUAUGUGGGAAAGCUCCAUUCUGACUUAGAUAAGGGAGAGGGCACUGUUAAAUAUACCCUCUCAGGAGAUGGCGCUGGCACCGUCUUUACCAUUGACGAAACCACAGGUGACAUCCAUGCAAUCAGGAGUCUGGAUAGAGAAGAGAAACCUUUCUACACGCUUCGUGCUCAGGCUGUGGACAUAGAAACCAGGAAACCCCUAGAGCCUGAAUCAGAAUUCAUCAUCAAAGUGCAGGAUAUUAAUGAUAAUGAGCCAAAGUUUUUGGAUGGACCUUAUGUUGCCAGCGUUCCAGAAAUGUCUCCUGUGGGUGCGUAUGUGCUCCAGGUCAAAGCCACAGAUGCCGAUGACCCCACGUACGGAAACAGCGCCAGAGUCGUUUACAGUAUCCUUCAGGGACAACCUUAUUUCUCCAUUGAUCCCAAGACAGGUGUUAUUAGAACAGCUUUGCCAAACAUGGACAGGGAGGUCAAAGAGCAGUACCAAGUCCUCAUCCAAGCCAAGGACAUGGGCGGACAACUUGGAGGGUUAGCCGGAACUACGAUAGUCAACAUCACCCUCACUGAUGUCAAUGACAACCCACCUCGCUUCCCCAAAAGUAUCUUCCAUCUGAAAGUUCCUGAAUCAUCUCCUAUUGGAUCAGCUAUUGGAAGAAUAAGAGCUGUGGACCCUGACUUCGGAGAAAAUGCAGAAAUUGAAUACAAUAUUGUUCCAGGAGAUGGGGGAAAUUUGUUUGACAUCGUGACAGAUGAGGAUACACAGGAAGGCGUCAUCAAGUUGAAAAAGCCAUUAGAUUUUGAAACCAAGAAGGCUUAUACUUUUAAAGUGGAAGCCUCCAACCUUCAUCUCGACCACCGGUUUCAGUCAGCGGGUCCGUUCAAGGAUACGGCCACCGUGAAGAUCAGUGUGCUGGAUGUGGAUGAACCCCCCGUUUUCAGCAAGCCUCUGUACACCAUGGAGGUUUUCGAAGACACCCCGGUUGGGACCAUCAUCGGCGCCGUCACUGCGCAGGACCUGGAUGUGGGCAGCAGUGCUGUUAGGUACUUCAUAGACUGGAAGAGUGAUGGGGACAGCUACUUUACAAUAGAUGGAACUGAAGGAACCAUCGCCACUAAUGAAUUACUAGACAGAGAAAGCACCGCGCAGUAUAAUUUCUCCAUAAUUGCGAGUAAAGUUAGUAACCCUUUAUUAACCAGUAAAGUCAACAUAUUGAUUAAUGUCCUAGAUGUCAAUGAAUUUCCUCCUGAAAUAUCUGUGCCAUACGAGACAGCAGUGUGUGAAAAUGCCAAACCAGGACAGAUAAUUCAGAUAGUCAGUGCUGUAGACCGAGAUCUUUCUCCUGCUGGGCAGUUAUUCUCCUUUCGAUUAUCACCUGAAGCUGCCAUCAAACCAAAUUUUACAGUCCGUGACUUCAAAAAUAACACAGCUGGGAUCGAAACCCAAAGAAAUGGAUACAGCCGCAGGCAGCAAGAGUUGUAUUUCCUCCCGGUUGUAAUAGAAGACAGCAGUUACCCGGUCCAGAGCAGCACAAACACAAUGUCUAUUCGAGUUUGUAGAUGUGACUCUGAUGGUACCAUCUUGUCUUGUAAUGUAGAAGCAAUUUUUCUACCUGUAGGACUCAGCACUGGCGCUUUGAUUGCAAUCCUACUGUGCAUUAUUAUACUCUUAGCCAUAGUCGUGCUGUACGUGGCUCUGCGAAGGCAGAAGAAAAAAGACACCCUGAUGACCUCUAAAGAAGACAUCCGAGACAACGUCAUCCAUUACGAUGACGAAGGGGGUGGGGAGGAGGACACUCAGGCUUUCGACAUUGGUGCUCUGAGAAACCCAAAAGUGAUUGAAGAGAACAAAAUUCGCAGGGAUAUAAAACCAGACUCACUCUGUUUACCUCGUCAGAGACCCCCAGUGGAAGAUAACACAGAUAUAAGGGAUUUCAUUAAUCAGAGGCUACAGGAAAAUGAUGUGGACCCCACGGCACCCCCUUACGACUCGCUGGCAACAUACGCCUAUGAAGGCGAUGGUUCGGUAGCAGAGUCUCUCAGCUCUAUAGACUCCUUGACCACCGAGGCUGACCAGGACUACGACUUUCUGACAGACUGGGGACCCCGCUUUAAAGUCUUGGCAGACAUGUUUGGCGAAGAGGAGAGUUAUCACCCUGAUAAAGUCACUUAGGGGAGAAGCAAAGUCUCACACAGAACAGGAGACAUUGAAGAGGAAACACAUAGAAAUCACGCACACACGCACGCACACCCCCGCACCCACCCCCCACACAUACACCAGGCUUUAUAGGACAAGAUUCCUUUGAUUAUCUGGUUUCUAGCAAGUUGCUCUAUUUAUCAUGUUGUCAGUUUCGGUUUAUUCUGCCAACGCAAGGUAAACCCUACAAUAUGUAUGUGCUUGGUUUUGUUUUGUUACUUUGGAAACACUGAGACAAGCUCAGGCCUAUAAAUACAAUUUACUGACAUGACAACCUAGAAGGAAGAUUGCUCUGUGGCAUCACGGUGGAAGAGUGUUAGAUUUUUCUUAAUUCCACUAAAGUGCCUAUUGAAACUCUUAUCAUUUAAAAUGGUGUACAGUACACUCUGCUGUGAUGGCAACCCAGGAUUCAGAGAUAAAAGGACACACAAAAAGACAUUGUUUUAUGUCAAAGAGCAAUAGCAACAUGCUGACUUCUCAUUCCUUUUGAAGAAAAAAGAAUUCUUCCAGAACACUCCCUCCAUCUUCACAUUCAAAGUUUUAUUUCUUCUUCUUCUUCUUCUUUUUUUUUUUACCUUUUUAAAUGUAUGCCAAACAUAUUUGUUUCUCCUGCCCUUCCAGAAAAUUGAAGUAAAUGUGAUAUCAAAUUCAAUAUGUAAGUCCUGAAUUUGAGAAGUAAUGUUUGAUCUUAAUCUUAAUUCUUAUGGAAGAUGUUCAUUAAAAUGUUACUUUUUUCCCAAAAAAAAAAAAAAUAAAAUGUUAAAGAAGGAAUUUUUUAAAAGUCCCUCUUUAGACAAAGAGGCCUCAGGGCUGAAACUCCACAUUAAAAUAAAUCUUGUUUUUGUUUUAAUACUUUACUGGUGUGUGGAAGGUUGGUUUUAAGAAGUCACGACGUCACUUAAGUCUUUAGUCGUAAAUGUAAUUUCUAGGUGUAUUUCUAUAAAACUUUUUUUAAGGAAAAAAAUGUUGAUUUAACUAUCAGAAGAGGAAUGUAUUAUAUAGCUUCUUGGAGUUUUUUUCCAAACUUGUGAUAUUCUGAUGAGCAAAUUAAAAAAAAAAAAAACAUGGCAUAUACUAUAGGCUGGACUUAAAGCAUGUCUAAAUGAUAUU